GAAUUUGAAUCUCAGGUCUAUUUUUCAGUUUAAUGAGUAGGGAUCAAUUCUGUCACCAAAUACGCAUUGUGAAGUUUUCCUCGCAAGAAUUUGUCCUGGUCUCGUCGAUGGAUGAAGAUCGGCACUAAAUCAGGGCCAGAGUUCAGGUUACGGAUGCAAUUCGUGUGUAGAAUGCAAUAGUAUCCGGAAUUGAGGACACAGAUUUGAAGCAUGUAGCGAGGGCGCACACGUCUGGUAUCAGUUGGUGGCUGUGCCAUUCGAGACUUGUAGGGGUUCAUGGGGCUGGUGUCGGUGGCAGGGGUUUGGUCAUGAACGUGAAUCUUGAUAUUAUAUGCGCAGUACAUCCAAUAUUGUUUAACUGGAGGCAAUCUACGCACCGAGAAGGAUCCGAAUAAUCGCUGAUUUUUAGCAGUUACUAUCCACUGUAAUUUACCAGCCAAAUUUUGGACUCCUCCGUAGGGCAGGAGGAGGAAGCCCACCGCUGGCAUGCGCGUUGUCAAUCUUGAACCAAGAAAUACCUCAACUCACGAGGGGGCUGGGUCAGGAAGCUCAUGAUCAGAUUGGCCACAGGAUAUGAUCAUCGCGGAGGUCAAAAUCAGGCAGCUGCAAAUGCCGGCUCCUCUGCUAGCGCCUGACAAAACAUCUGUCAAGAAUCAAAUUAAAUACUUGGAAGAAAUCUGAACACCACGAGAGGGAAACGGUGGAAAAGUUCAAUCUUGAAAGAUCUGGGAGAACUUCAUCAUUUUGUCGAAUACAGAGCUGUUAGGAUUGUCAGUAACACGAGAAUUACAGGAGGGGAAUUUAAAAUCAGUGUGUUCAGUCCUCUUCAAACCUCCACGCAAUUACGAGCAGGCCUUGGACUCAAUGAUGGUGUAGAAAAUAUCAAAUUGUCGAAAGCAAGGAUCGGACGUGUACCUUUGUUUGCAAGAACAGCCAUUUGAGGAAGGAAGAGAUUAAGUACUUUUGAUAUGAUAAACCUUAAGCUUGUCAGGAUGUUAGAGGAUGUGAGCAGAUUCACUGCCGUAGUACGCCAUUUUCAGGUCAGCUGGUUGUCAUACGGCACCAGAUGAACCCACGGUUUCAGAAAGCAAAUACAAAUGUCGAUGGCGUUACCCUGUCGUGGCGCACUACUCGCUGGAAGGGGCAGCAGUCUACAACAAUAAUCAUUUAGAUUCUGAGACAAUCGGUGAUUAACUAUUUUAACUAUCACCGAGAAGGAAUCGAUGCAUAUUAUUGGGAAUUAUUAAGUGUGGAGUCCAGAAGAAACCAAGCUUCUCAAGGUCACUAUUUAGACCUAUUUGUCUCCCGACAGUACAUGACACUUGGUAAUGCCGUCCCUGAGAUGACUGCCUUGCAGUCGAUUAGUGAGACCCAUCUGAACUGCUAAGGAUUCACGGCAACGCUCAAAGUCUUCCAUGUGGCGUAAACUGCAAAGCUGAAGCACAAAAUCUGCAGAAUUAGAUCAGGGUUGAAGUCAUUUGGUUCAUAGACAUGGCGGAAAAGGUUGUGGAAAAGGAUGUCGACAAGGUUGUCGACGUUGGAGAAGCUGCUAAUGAGCAGCCGAGUGAAGAAACAUCAGCAGAAGCAGAAUCAUCUGUAACAGUAGCGGACACACCCUUAUUACCUCCAGAAGAAGUGGAGACAUAUGAAGUGGUAGAGAAUACGGUCCCCCGACAGUGGCGGGGAGAUUCUCGCGUUGAAUGGUUGAGAGAAAAAGUGUGCAUAUCAUUGGAUGUAACACGGCCUGUUUUUGAUUCCGUUUUCAGUGAAGAAAAUGGAGCACAGAGCAUCGAGACCUUUUUGGACAAAGCUCAUUCUUGCAUUUUUUUCUACUCAGACUCCAGGACAAUCAAAGUUAUUACGAAAACUCCCAUUUUUGUUGAGUUUACCCCCGAAGAAAUAGCCAAGAGGAAGCAGGCAGCUGCAGCAGCAAAGGUUGCAGCAGCAGCGGCUGCGGUUGCUGCGGCUGCUGCUGCAGCUGAAACCGGUGCUGAGGUUCCUCCGGUGGUUCCCCCUGAAACGCCUGAGCCAGAUCCUGAAGAGGAGAAGGGUGUUUGGGAAACCCAAGACGUUGAAUCCAUGAACACAGUGCAGGUUGUAUGUGCUACAACAGGGCGUUUGUCUAAUGAGGCGAUAAAUAAGGCAGUUGUUUACUUCAUCAAUAUUUUCCCGCAGUUAGGAAUGUUGGAUUUUGGAAAGAUGCACAAGAAUUUGGAAUUCGGAGUUUUGCCCUCUGGUCCAACUCUCUCCGCGUUGGAGCAGCUGCUCUUUCACCUCUUCAUGCCAAUUCUUGCUCGAGAAGGCGUAUACGCUGGGUCUAAGUUUUGGCACACUGAAGAGACUCAUAUGAUGGAACAUGUGGGAAAUGAGCUCCUCAGCAACAUGCAGAGGUUUCUUUCACAGGUCUCUAUUGCCCAACAACAUCUCCUUGGAGACGCACAAUUGGUCAUUCCGAGUUUGCCUGCGGACUGUCUGGAGAAAACAGAUAUCGAUUAUGAACUCAUCCUUCAGCUGGAAAGUCUUUUGGCGGACUGGAUUCCAGCAGUGAUACACGCAAUUGAGACUGAAGCUGUCAAGAUUCCAGCUGGUCAGAGCCCUUUGGCCGAGACACAGUUUUGGCGAGACAGAACCAAUGCUUUGAGCAGCCUUUACGAGCAACUGAACUCGAUAAAUGCCAAGAGGAUGCUCGCUCUUUUGGACGCAGGAAGUAGCAACUCAAAUCUGCUUGCCAGCUUCAGAAGCCAGUUUACGGAACUCAGCAAAAUGUUCCUUGAAGCAAAGGAAAACGUGAAGUUUCUGACGACUUUAGAGAGGCAUUUUAAGACUAUUUGCACAGGACCAUUGCCACGGGUUUUAGAAACUAUAGGCCCUAUGAUGAACGCGCUGCGCAUGGUGUGGAUUAUAUCUGGUUAUUAUUCCGACGACACUAACAUGGGCAGUCUUUUCGAAAGAAUUGCUUUUCAGAUUGCAGUAAAGGUGACCGAAGAAUCAGAUUUUAAGACCAUAUUUAAGGUCAAGGCGGAAGAGGCGGCUGCCAAAAUUAGCACAGGAAAACUUGUGCUCGAUGCUUGGAGUGGAAUCUACUUACAAGUUCGUGAACAGAUUGAAAGUAGUGGUAGGGACCCAAGGUGGGAGUUCGACCGCAAGAAGUUGUUUGAGCGGACAAACUACAUGUCGACAGUAUGCGUUGAUCUUCUCCACAUUGUCGAGGUGGUUAACGAUUUUCUCUACUUCCUUGGCCCUGAGCUGAAGGCGGUCACUGGAGACGUGCAGGGCAUUGACGAAGUUAUCCACAAAGUGCAAGCUAUGGUGGAUCCUAUUGAGAAUCUUCCAUUCGAUGCCUUCGAUAAAGCCCAUGCUCCAAUGUGGUCAGCAGCUGUCCUGAGUUUUGACAAGGACAAGGAGAGAGUUGAGCAGUUGACCAAGGCAUUCAUUGACAGUUCAUUCAAGAAGCUUCGGAGUGCUGAGGGAGCACUAGAACUUCUACAAAGCUUUAAAACGGUUAAAAGUGAAGGUGCAAUCAACAAGCAGAUGAUGGAAAAAUUCAAUGACAUACUAACCCAGUUCAUUAAAGAGAUAGAUUAUAUGAGAGAGAUCUUUAGAAGCAAUAUGGACUCACCACCAACAACACGGAAUCAGCCGCCUGUUGCUGGGUCAAUAAACUGGGCAAGAUCCCUGUUCGGGCGAGUGCGGAAAACCAUGCAUUCUUUCAAGACAAGGGCAAGUGAUAUGUUGCAGCAUGCUGCAGCGGUAGAGAUGGAUAUUCAGUAUCGUGGUUUAGCAAAGCAGAUGCUGAUCUUUGAAAAACAGUGGGUCAUGCAAUGGCUUCAAACUGUUAAUCAACAGACAACCUUUUAUCUCAAGCAGUCGAUUAUUCGGAACGAAACUGGAGCCAGAAUUGAGGUGAAUUUCCACAUUCAGUUGUCACAAAUUAUUCGGGAAACGAAAUACUUGGAUGCCAUGGGAUUUCAAGUCCCAGAAUUUCCGCUCAGUGUAACUCUCCAGUCCGACAGCUAUCAGAGCAACGUGGAGAGCCUCCAAAACAUGCUGGAGCACUAUCAAAGUGUCAUAAACAUGAUGACAUCCAUCGAAGCAAAGCUUUUAGGAGCGAGAGUGAAGAAGCUUCAACAUGUUCUGGAUCCUGGUUUCUUGCAUCUAAAUUGGAACGCUCUGGGGAUACCAGACUUUGUCACGAACUGCACCAAGGCUAUAAAUGCCUUCAAGGCUUUGAUAUCACAGGUGCAAAGCAACGCAGCGAACAUGGAAAAUGCUAUUGCCGGAAUUGCUAGGUCAAAAUUAGUAGGAAUCAGCCCGAAUAAUGAGGACAGCGAAAUUCUCGAUAUGCUGGAAUUCUAUGAAAAUUUUGAGUACGAACGUCAACUCGUGGUUGACGGUGCUCUCAAGCAGUAUCGAGGAAUACCACCACUGUUGAAGAAAGUUGAGGAUGUUGUUGUUGGUACAAACACUGGAACGUCCCUUGUGUUUGCAGAGUAUUAUACAUUUUGGGAACUGAAGAUAUUCAAGGCCUUAAAUGAAAUGGUUCUGAAGAGCAUGAAUGGACUUCAAACAUUGUUUCGGGAUAGUCUUUUGAGGAAGGGUUCAACAGGAAAGAGAAAUCACACCAGACUCUUCAGAGUUGUUUGCUUUCUAAAUCAUCCAGAUGUAGUUGUACAGCCGAGUCUGACUGAAACAACGAAGAUGCUAGCUAAUAUGGUACGCAGUAUUUUGGAUUCAGUGAGACCUUUCGUGAGGUGGAUGGAUGGCACUUGUCUAGAGACACCACCACAGUCAGCUGGCGAGGAUGAACAACCGUAUAUAUAUUCAUUCUACAGUGAAGUGUCUGUGAACCCCAAGAUCAUAAAGGCCAUGUUCACUUUAAACAGCAGCAUACAGAAAGCAAGUGCUGGAAUAUACAAGCACUUGGAAAACUGGAGAAAAUACCAGCACCUUUGGAGACAAGACAAGACUGUCAUUUUGGGAAAGUUUGUUGCAAAGAAUCCAAGCUGUUCGUUUUUUGAAAUAAAACUGGCAAAAUAUGCAAAGGUUGCAGCAGAUGUGCUUGAAGUACCCAGGGACAAAUCUGUCGAGUUUUUGCAAAUAAGUUCCAAUCAGCUCGUUUCAUCAGUCCACUCAGAGGCAUCUGCUUGGGUGACCGCAAUUGGAGAAGCUAUGAUUUUGAGUGAGAAGGAAAGGGUCCUGUCAUUGCAUGCGAAGAUCGAUAACUGGUCAAAAAUUUUGCACCAGCCUCCUGACACUCUAGAGAACCUGAAGAUGGUUCUGAACGUCGUGGGAGAGAUUUUGACUGCCGGAAUGGUGAUGGAACUUGAAUACCUCGAUCUAGAGGAAAGGACAAGGACUCGUGAUCUGUAUAAAAUAACCAAUUCAGAUGAAGACAGAGCUCGGACAUUCACCAUAAGAACUCGGUGGGACGAACUUGAGCAUGAAGCUAGAGUGUUGAGUUCAACACUGCAAAUUGUGAAGAAGAAUUUUGUCGCAGGGACUCAAAAGCAGGCUGAAGAUUUUGUUCUCGACACUGUUUCAUUCCGUGAUCGUAUGAUGGCACGGGGACCAGUAAAGUGCACUGAUUUAGAUGAGGGAGUUCAGCUGCUUACCCAAUAUCAGGAGGAACUCGAGACCAUGUUGAAAACAAAAGAUGCUCUAGUCCUGGCGCAAAAACUUUUUGACAUGCCUGUCACACCGUACCCUGCACUCUUUGAGGUUGAAACGUCACUGAAAAACGCAGCACUUAUCUAUGACAUUUACAUCGAGUUCUCGAAGACCGUUGAAAGCUACUCCGGAAUGCUUUGGGCGGAGCUAGAUAUCAAUAAGCUCGUCUCCAUCACAGAUGAAUUCAGUAUAAGGAUGAAGAGACUUAAACGGCUUAAAACCCAGAUUCCCUAUAUUAAUUUGGAAGCUAAACUUAAAGGAUUCCAAGACUCACUACCACUGAUUCAGGAUUUGAAAAGUGAAGCUCUACGGAAGCGCCAUUGGGACAAGUUGAUGAAAGAGACAGGCAAAUCUUUCGAUAUGGAUCCUAAAACCUUCACACUGGCUAGUAUCUUCAGGAUGGAGCUGCAUAACUUUGCAGAAGUUAUCAGUGACAUCACCAAUGCUGCAAUCAAGGAGCUCAAUAUUGAGACAGAACUUAGGAAUCUCGGAGAAACCUGGAAAGUGCAACAAUUUGAUGUAUUCAAAUACACCAAAGAUGGAAUGGAUAGAGGCUGGGUGCUUAGAUCAACCGAACAGACGACAGUGCUUCUGGAAGAAAUGAUGAUGAACUUACAAGGAAUGAGUAGUUCUCGCUACGUCCGCCCUUUCCUCGAUGAAGUCAGCUCCUGGGAACAAAAGUUGAGCUUGGUUGGUGAAGUGAUUGACAUUUGGAUGCAAGUACAAAGGAAGUGGAUGUACCUCGAAAGCAUAUUCGUAGGCUCAGAUGACAUCCGCCAUCAACUUCCUGAAGAGGCAAAACGUUUUGAUACCAUUGACAAAAACUGGAUCAAGAUUAUGGCGGAAACUGCAAAAAGCCCGAACAUUCUUGAAGCAUGUGGUUCUGACGGGCGUUUGGACACCCUCAAAAUGCUCUACAAUCAGUUGGAAAAUUGCCAGAAGAGUUUGAGCGAGUACUUGGACAGUAAAAGAAACGCUUUCCCGAGAUUUUUCUUCAUUUCCGAUGAUGAGCUCUUAUCAGUCCUUGGGACCUCAGAUCCUACGUCUAUACAGGAGCACAUGCUGAAGCUAUUUGAUAAUUGCGCUGCUCUCACUUUUGGUGAGAAGGCUAAGACCGUGAAUGGUAUGAAGUCCUCAGAAGCCGAAACAUUCGCAUUCAGAAUGAAAGUGUCGACUGAGAUGGCUGUAGAAAUUUGGAUGAAAUCCGUGGAGUCAGAAAUGAGAAACACUCUAUUUGACAUAAUGAAGGAAGGUGUGUACAACUAUGCGAAGUCACGAAGAGUGGACUGGAUCUACGAAAACCUUGGAAUGGUUACCUUGGCUGGCAGUACCAUAUGGUGGACGUGGGAGGUGGAGGAUGCUUUUCGGUGUGUAAGACUUGGGGACAAGAAUGCGAUGAAAACUUUCAGCCUGAAAUUGACAAGACAGCUGACAGAGCUCGUUGGCAUGGUCAGAUCAGACCUCAGCAGUUUACAACGCAAAAAGGUCAACGCGCUCAUUAUUAUCGAGGUUCACGCUAGAGAUAUCAUCGAUACAUUCGUUCGAGACAGCAUUCUAGAUCAUCGAGAAUUUGCAUGGGAGAGUCAAUUGCGAUUUUACUGGGACCGCAAGGAAGAUGAUACUCUGAUCAGGCAGUGUACAGGAGAAUUCAAGUACGGGUACGAAUACAUGGGCCUGAAUGGACGCCUUGUGAUCACGGCCCUCACAGAUCGUUGCUACAUGACGCUGACGACAGCUCUCACGUAUCGCCUUGGUGGUGCUCCUGCUGGACCUGCAGGCACGGGCAAGACGGAGACCACCAAAGAUCUUGCCAAGUCAAUGGCCCUUCUUUGUGUCGUGUUCAAUUGUGGCGAUGGACUUGACUACAAGGCCAUGGGUUCGAUCUUCUCAGGACUCGUCCAGUGUGGAGCUUGGGGAUGUUUUGAUGAGUUCAAUCGCAUAGAAGCUGAAGUGCUGUCCGUGGUUUCUUCACAAAUCAAACAGAUUCAGGAAGCACUGAAGAAUCAUCAGAGAAAGUUCCCUUUUGAAGGCAGAGAAAUUGCUCUGGACCCUCGGACUGGGAUCUUCAUCACCAUGAACCCAGGAUAUGCCGGGAGAACUGAGCUGCCAGACAAUCUCAAGGCUUUAUUCCGUCCAGUUACAAUGAUCGUACCAGACUUUUUGCAGAUUUGCGAGAUUAUGCUUUUCUCAGAGGGGUUUGAUACAGCAAAAGUUCUGGCAAAGAAGAUGACCGUGCUAUACAAGCUGUCACGUGAACAACUCUCGAAACAGUAUCAUUAUGACUUCGGCCUACGGGCUUUGAAGUCAGUGUUGGUGAUGGCUGGCUCCUUCAAACGAGGUUUCCCUGACAUGAGUGAGGCGCUCGUUCUGAUGCGCGCGUUGCGAGACAUGAAUCUGCCCAAGUUUGUCUUCGAAGAUGUACCCCUUUUCUUGGGCCUCAUCAAUGAUCUGUUUCCAGGUUUGGAUUGCCCUCGUGUCCGCUACCCGACUCUCAAUGAUGUGGUGGAGCUUGAUUUAAAGGAGAACCUUUAUCUUGUGAUGACCGGGCCUAGCGAACAAGUUGACAAAGUAAUUCAGUUGUACGAGACAAUGCUCACCCGGCACACGACUAUGGUCGUCGGACCAACCGGUGGUGGUAAGAGUGUCAUCUUGAACACUCUAGCUCGUGCACAGACGAGAAUGGGUUACCCAACGAAAUUGCAUGUCAUUAAUCCAAAGGCCCAGCCUACAAAUGAGCUUUAUGGUGAAAUGGAUCCCGAUACUCGAGACUGGACUGACGGCCUCCUUUCCAGUAUAUUUCGAGAGAUCAACAAGUCUCUUCCUCCUGAGAGACAGGACAGAUUCUAUCUUGUUUUCGAUGGUGAUGUCGAUGCUCUGUGGGUCGAGGACAUGAAUAGUGUUAUGGAUGACAACAAACUUCUCACCCUACCCAAUGGAGAGCGCAUUCGCCUCCAAAAUCACGCGAAGUUGCUGUUCGAGGUGGCAGAUUUGCAGUACGCUUCUCCAGCUACAGUAAGCAGAUGUGGAAUGGUAUUUGUUGAUAAUAAGAACUUGGGAUAUAAGCCAUUCCUUUGGAAGUGGUGUAACUCAAGAUCAGUUGCGGAUGAGGCAGAGAGUUUGAGAGAUUUUAUGGAGAAAUACGUUCAGAAGUGCAUCGAGUUCGUGUUAGAGGGAGUAACGGAUGAUACCAUCACCAAACCUCUGCAACAAACUAUUCCACUCACCAAUCUGAACAUGGCUACUCAGCUCUGCACUCUUUUGGAGGUCAUUCUCGGUGAUGGGAAGCAAGUCGGUACCCCUCAGGGACUGGAGGCAACAUUCCUGUUUUGCUUGGUGUGGUCUAUCGGAGCUGGCGUUGUUCAGAGCACAACCUGCAAAGAUCGAGAUCGAUUUGACAAGUUCCUAAAAGGUCUAGCUGGUCUGGGAACGAGUCCCAAUGAUCCACUACCACCUAAUCAACUCCCCAUCGACUCUCUAUAUGAAUACUGCUUCGACAUCGUUGAUCUUCAGUGGAGAUCUUGGAAGGGGAUGGUUCCAGAUUACGUGCCACCUCCAGACAAGGUGUUUGCCAAGAUUCUCGUACCCACCGUAGACACAGUGCGAUCCACCUGGCUUCUGGACACCUUAGUUCAGGCUGGAAAGGCUGUUCUCUUUGUGGGCGAGAGUGGAACUGCGAAGACUGUGGUUAUCCAGAAGUACUUCACAACAUUACCAGCAGCGGGCUGGUUGAUUUUGGCCAUGAAUUUCAGUAGUAGGACAACCUCCAUGGAUGUGCAGAUAACGAUCGAGGAUUCAGUCGAGAAAAGAACCAAGGAUACUUAUGGACCACCCGUGGGAAGGAAGAUGAUCGUCUACGUUGACGAUCUGAACAUGCCAAAGGUUGACACUUACGGCACACAGCAACCCAUUGCAAUGCUCAAGCUCUUCGUGGAGAGGGCUGGCAUCUACGACAGAGGGAAAGACCUCAACUGGAAGAAUAUAAAGGACUGCCAAUUCGUCGGAGCCAUGGGUCGCCCUGGAGGAGCAAGAAACCCUGUCGAUCCCAGAUUCAUAUCCUUGUUCAGUGUGUUUGAGAUACAGUUCCCUUCGAAUUCCUCAUUGUCUCACAUUUACAACUCCAUUCUCGAGGCUCAUGUCAAAAUUCUAUCCCCUGAGAUACAGGCAUACGUUCUGAGUAUCACCGACAUAACACUGUCCCUUUACGGGUUCAUCAUCGAAAAGCUUCCACCCACACCGUCGAGAUUCCACUACAUCUUCAACUUACGCGACUUGAGUCGGAUAUAUGAAGGAAUGAUGUUGUCGACUCCGGACAAGUUCAAGACAGUUCCGCAGUUCGUCAGAUUGUGGAGGAACGAAAGUCUGCGCAUCUUCUACGAUCGUCUGAUCAACGACAAGGACAAGGAAAUCGUCACGACAAAGCUGAACGAGAUAGUGACGGACAAGCUGAAAGAUGUUGCGGGGGCAGCUGACAUUGUGAUCAAGGAUCCGAUUCUCUUCGCGGAUUACCGCAACUGCCUGCACUCCACGGUGCCCAGACUGUACGAGGACCUGGAGAGCUUCGACUUCAUCAAGCCGCACAUCGAGAACGUGCUGGAGGAUUACAACAUAGUGAACAAGAAGAUGAACCUCGUCAUGUUCGAGGAUGCUCUCGAGCAUCUCACCCGCAUCCACCGACUCAUGCGCUUGCCACAGGGCAACGCCCUGCUCGUGGGAGUGGGAGGCAGUGGCAAGAAGAGCUUGUCGAAGCUGGGGGCCUUUGCUUCCGGCUGCAGGGUGUUCGAGGUCGUGCUGACUCGGGGGUACAACGAGGAGGCCUUCCGCGAGGAUCUGAAGAUUCUGUACGGCAUCCUCGGGGUCGAGAACAAGCCCGUCGUCUUCCUCUUCACCGACGCGCAUGUCGUGGACGAGGGCUUUCUCGAGCUCAUCAACAACAUGCUAACGUCCGGCAUGGUCCCCGCUCUGUUCAAGGAGGAAGAGAAGGACGGCAUGAUCAGCCAGGUCAGAGAUGCGGUCGUUGCCAGCGGGAUGGUGGACACGAAGGAGAACUGCUGGCAGUAUUUCAUCAACAGGUGCCGCAGCAAUCUGCACAUCACUCUGGCGAUGUCUCCAGUUGGCGACACUCUGAGAACACGGUGCAGAAACUUUCCUGGCAUGGUGAACAAUUGCGUGAUCGACUGGUUGACGCCAUGGCCCGAGGAAGCGCUGCUGUCGGUGGCCACGGUGUUCCUGGCCGAGCUGGACCUGCCGGAGGACAUGCGGCCGCUGCUGCUGGAGCACAUCGUCAUGGUGCACCAGUCCGUGUGCACGCUGAGCGUGGACUUCGUGGAGCAGACGCGGCGCACCAACUACGUCACGCCCAAGAACUUCCUCGACUACAUCAACACGUACCGCGUCUCGCUCACCAAGCGCCGCACUCUGAACCUGCAGCAGUGCAAGCGCCUCGACGGCGGCCUCUCCAAGAUCGCCCAGGCCAAAGUCGAGGUGGCCCAGAUGCAGGUGACGCUGGCGGAGGCCAAGAUCGUCGUCGACGCCAAAACCAACGAGUGCAAUGCCCUGCUGAGCGUAAUCAGCAAAAACACGGAAAUUGUCGUUGCCAAGCAGAACAUCGCGCAAGAAAAGCAGGAGGCGCUGUCGAGAGAAAGUGAAGUGAUCACACGGCAGAAGGGCGAAGCUGAAGUAGCCCUGGCCGAAGCAAUUCCAGCCUUAGAGGCAGCAGCGGAGGCUCUGAAUAGCUUAAAGAAGGAGGAAAUCACCGAAAUUCGGUCUUUUGCCAAGCCCAACAUUUACGUGCAGAAGGUUUGCGAGUGCGUUGUCAUACUUCGGGGCUUCAAAGAUGUAUCAUGGAAGGGUGCAAAACAGAUGAUGGCAGACAACCGAUUUCUGGCAACCCUUGUAGAAUUUGAGAAGGAUUCAAUCACGGAUAAACAGAUGCGGGCCUUGCGAGAGUACUUUCGAGAUCCGAACAUGACCCUGGAGAAUUUACAAACCAUAUCAACAGCAGGCGCAGGUUUGCUCCGUUGGGUCAUAGCCAUGAUGAACUACUACGGCAUCUUCAAAAUCGUUGCUCCUAAACGAGCAGCCGUGGCUACGGCUGAAAAGAAUCUCAAAAAUGCUCAAAAAGAGCUGGACACCAUACAGAAGCAGGUGGAGGACCUGUCGGCUCAACUUGGCACUUUGAACCAACAAUUUUCAGUAAACACGGCAGAGCAACAAGAUCUGAAAAGCAAAGCUGAUCUCAUGGAAAAGCGUUUAGAUGCUGCAUCAAGACUCAUAUCUGGAUUAGGAUCAGAGCACGAGAGGUGGACCAAAGAGCUUGAGGAGCUCGGGGUUGCUCGUAUCAAGUUGCUAGGAGACUGUCUGGUUUCAUCCAGUUUUCUCAGCUAUUGUGGAGCAUUCACUUUAGACUUCCGAACGAACAUGAUACAGAAGAUAUGGCAUGGAGACCUUGUGAAAAAAGGGGUCCCAGUUACGAAUCCAUAUUCGCUGGAGAAUUUCUUAACAAGUGAAGUUGAAAUCAGCAAAUGGAACAGCGAAGGCUUGCCAUCAAACGAGCUGUCUAUUCAAAAUGCCAUUCUUACGACCAGAGCAUCACGAUUCCCCCUCUGUAUUGAUCCUCAAUUGCAGGCCAUCAACUGGAUCAAGAAAAAGGAGGGUAAGCAACUCGAAGGCCGUGUGAGGACGUUCAACGACUCUGAUUUCUUGAAGCAGCUGGAGCUUGCCAUCCAAUAUGGCUUUCCCUUCCUCUUCGAGAAUGUAGACGAGUACAUAGAUCCAGUCAUAGAUCCUGUUCUCGAGCGGACCAUCACCACUGCAGCUGCCGGAAGAAAAGUGGUGAAACUCGGAGACAAGGACAUCGAAUGGGAUGACAACUUCCGACUAUAUCUUGUGAGUAAGCUUCCCAAUCCUGCUUAUGGACCGGAAAUUUCAGGGAAAACCAUGAUCAUCAAUUACAGCGUGACGGAACAAGGUCUCCAGGCUCAACUUCUGAAUGCAACGGUGGCACAUGAAAGACCAGAUCUCGAAGAGCAGAGGGAGACUCUAGUCAGAGACACGAGUGAAAAUAAAGCACUCUUGAAGCAACUGGAGGAUACUUUACUCCGGGAACUGAGUAACGCCACUGGAAACAUCCUGGAUAACAUAGACCUGGUAACAACACUGGAGAAUACCAAGUCCAAAGCGACAGAAAUCUUCUCCAAACUCGCAAUGGCUCGUGAGACCACGAAGGAGAUUGAGACGCUGCGUGGGAGGUACUUUCCUGCAGCGAAGCGUGGAGCCAUCCUGUUCUUCGUCCUGUCUUGCCUGUCGGCCAUCAACAACAUGUACGAGUAUUCUCUAGGAUCCUUCAUGGAAGUUUUCCAGAUUUCACUGGACACGAGUCCAAAAGCCCUGUCUCUCGAUGGACGCUUGAAGAACAUCAUCGAGGCCCUCACAUAUGACCUGUACAAUUACGCGUGCACGGGUUUGUUCGAGAAGCAUAAACUGAUGCUCUCCUUCCAGAUGACGAUCAGGAUUCUUGAUGGCGAGAAGCAGCUGGACCACGCUCAGCUCGACUUUUUCCUGAAGGGAAAUUUGUCCCUGGAAAAAGCAGAAAAGUUGAACCCUUUCAGUGAGUGGUUCCCAGAGCAAGGCUGGCAAGACCUCAUGCGAAUGAUCGACCUAGGUCAGCAGUUUAAAGACAUGGUAGCUCAUUUCGAGGCCAAUGAGCAACUGUGGCGUGCAUGGUACGAUGAGGAGAAGCCGGAAGAGGAAGCCAUGCCUGGGAACUUCACAGAAGUCAUGAAUCUCUUUGAGCAGCUUUUAGUUUUACGGUGCUUCCGUAUCGACAGGAUAACAGUUGCUCUGACGCGCUAUGUCAUGGAAAAAAUGAGCGAGAAAUAUGUUACUCCACCAGUGUUGGAUUACAAGAAUAUACAUCGUCAGAGUUCUGCAAUGUCACCUAUUGUGUUCAUCCUCAGUCCUGGUGCAGACCCUGCAUUUGAUGUUUUCAACCUUGGGGAAGAGAUUGGCUUCAAACCUGGAGUUAAGCUCAAGUACAUGGCUCUAGGCCAAGGCAUGGGACCGAAAGCAGCAGAGUCCAUCGAAGUUGGAUCGUCGAGGGGCUUGUGGGUGAUGCUACAAAACUGUCAUCUCCUGCCCUCGUGGCUGAAGACGUUGGAGAAAAUCCUGGAGAAGUUGCAGAAGCCUCAUGUGGACUUCCGCCUGUGGCUCACCACUGAGCCAUCAGACAGAUUCCCUCUGGGAAUACUUCAGAGGAGCUUGAAGGUUGUCACUGAGCCACCAAAUGGUCUAAAGCUGAACAUGAGAUCUUCUUAUGCAAAAAUCACAGAGGAGAGUCUCGCCGAUUGCCCUCAUCCUGCUUAUCGUCCCCAGGUAUUUGUGGUUGCCUUCUUUCACGCGGUGGUUCAAGAACGCCGAAAGUAUGGCAGGCUAGGGUGGAAUGUUGCUUACGAUUUCAAUGAAACAGACCUUCGUAUCAGCUUGGCUCUAAUAUCCACAUACCUGAAAAAAGCGCAUGAUAACAAGGAUGAUCAGAUUCCUUGGGGAACUUUGAGAUACCUGAUAGGUGAAGCUAUGUACGGAGGUCGGGUUUCGGAUUCAUUCGACCGAAGAAUCCUGGCAACGUAUCUGGAUGAAUACCUGGGAGAUUUUCUGUUCGACAAGUUCCAUCCGUUCCAUUUUUACAAAAAUGAAGCGGAUGCUGUGGAUUACAAACUCCCGGACUAUGGUACAAAAGAGAACUACACGACUUACAUUGACUCUCUUCCCAUCGUACAAACUCCAGAGGUGUUUGGGCUACAUCCCAACGCAGAUAUCAGCUACUAUACCAUCACCACAAAACGACUAUGGAAAGACCUUAUAAACUUGCAGCCACGAACAGCUGGAGCAAUUGGCGGAGUGAAGAGAGAAGACGUGAUCGAUAAAGUAGCUCAGGAUCUCCUAUCCAAGAUCCCUGAACCAUAUGACCUACCAGUCAUCAAGAAAGAAAUUGGCAUUCCAACUCCUGUCCAGGUGGUGCUGCUCCAAGAACUUGACAGAUGGAACAAAUUGAUCAUAAGUAUGGAGUACAGCCUUCAACAAGUUAGAAAAGCCCUUGCUGGUGAGAUUGGAAUGAGUAAGGAGCUGGAUGAUCUAGGAACGGCUCUCUUCAAUGGACAACUUCCCGCUUUUUGGCGGAAGAUGAGUCCACAGACAGAGAAGAUGCUCUCAACGUGGAUGGUCUGGCUUUUGCGAAGACACACACAGUACACGGACUGGAUAGAAAAAGGAGAGCCAAAAGUAAUGUGGCUAUCAGGCCUACAUAUUCCUGAGACAUAUAUUGCAGCACUCAUUCAAACGGCUUGCAGGGACAGAGGAUGGCCUCUGGAUAAAUCUACAAUCUACACUCAAGUCACAAAAUUUACGAGCCCCUCACAAAUUACAGAGAAACCGAAGCAUGGAUGUUAUGUGGAGGGUCUGUACUUGGAAGGUGCUGCUUGGGAUGAAGAAACAAGCAUGUUGAAGUACCAGGACCCAAAGCAUUUGGUAGUUGAACUGCCCAUCCUGCAACUAUUUCCUAUCGAAGCAAGCAAGCUCAAACUCACUAACACCUUUCGUACCCCUGUAUACGUCACCCAAGCUCGUCGUAACGCCAUGGGGGUGGGGUUGAUUUUUGAAGCUGAUGUCGCAACUAUAACUCACCCUUCUCACUGGGUCCUACAAGGAGUUGCACUAGUCCUGAACAUAGAUCAUUAACUGCCCGUACAGACUCUGUUCCAAACUCCACUACCUCAUCGCUAGAUUUCAUAUCUGGUUGUGGGAGCCACAGAAUCAAGAAUCUAUCAAGAAUUUAUUAUUCUAACGGCUGUUCAUUGUGGAUGGCAAUCAACGUGCAAGAAGAGCGCACGCGCACCAAUUGCUCUGCUGAGGAAGUGCACAGAUAUUGCGCACCAGCUCUACCAAAUUCCUGCACCCUCGGAUACUUCCAGCAUGUUGGACGCAUUGCAAAGAACUUCAGUGGUGGGACUCACAAAACUUCCACUCCGAGACCGUGAGUGGUAGAAAGUCACCAAAUCCGAAGCCCAAAUGUUCAUUGCUAGAGGAGACUGUAAUAUGAACACUAGUAACAUAUAAAAUUUUGACCCAAUACGUUGAGCACAAUUUAGUUGAUCAAAGAUGAUUGGCAAGUUUUUUGUUGAUCAGGUCUUGUUCUAAGGCUGUAAAACAAUGUUAAAAUACACAGUUAAAAACAAGCA